UUAAAAACAAAGAAUUUAAACACAACAAAGUACAUUCCAUGUCACGAUAACGUUACUAACCCUAAAGAACUUGCAACUGAAAAAAAUAACCAUUUCUCAACCCAAAAAACGCCUCCGAAAGAACUUCAGAAAAUGCUUUUUUCUGAAAAAAAAAGAUCUUUGCAGCAAACAAGAUACCACACACCCAGUACCCAAGCUCGAAGGAGUUUGAUCAAACUCGAGCCCAACGAAGAACCAAAUUGUUACGAUCUCCUAGAACGGAAAUCUUCGGCGAUUACAUGCGGGGAAGUGACGAGUAGUGAACAAUAUUUUACCAGGAAUCGAGGAGUGGUUCAAACUUUGCAGUUUAAUGCUAUAAAGACUGAAAAAGAAAAAGACUCAACAAAGGUUGAGGAUAAAAGAAGAUUUUCUUUUCUCUCGCCUCUUUUAUCAAUUCCUGAACCUUCAGAUGUUUUAAAAAAACCUGCAAAAGCGCUAGCAACGGGAGUAAGCGCCGAACACUUAGUAAACUUAGCGGUGGAAAAAAUCAAAAAAAUUGCCUCUCAAGACGCAGACGCAUUGUUUUACUUAAACUUAUUGCUAAAAUAUUUUUUGGUGUUUUCACCAGUAAUAGUUUUUUGCAACUCGCCGGCAGCAAACGACUUUAAUAAGGUUAGAUUUCCCCCACAUCUGAAGGUGGGCGUCCGCAAUAAGGAAGAAGGAAAUCAAUGA